AAUUAAAAAAUAAUUCCACCGACGAGAUCAACGGAUUUCACGCGGCGUCUGCACCCCGACAUUUUCAUCUGAUGAUCUUCUUCGCUCACACACAACGGGACACUCUCUGCGCGCGCCGUCUCGAUCUCUAAACAGCAGACCCAAUCUAGAAUGGUGCUCCGUCUCCGUUUUCCUUUCCUUUCUUCACUGUUUCACCUCUUCAUAGUCGCACCAUUGCUCCUCAGCCACGUCGUACAAAGCAAGACUCUUAAACGAGACGUGAAGGCAUUAAAUGAAAUAAAGGCAUCACUAGGGUGGAGAGUGGUGUACGCAUGGGUCGGUGAUGAUCCAUGUGGAGAUGGUGAUUUGCCUCCGUGGUCUGGUGUCACUUGUUCCACCAUCAGUGGGAGUGAUUAUCGGGUCGUUACUGAAUUGGAAGUAUAUGCAGUUUCUAUUGUUGGUCCUUUUCCACUUGCCGUUACCAACCUGGUGGAUCUUACUAGAUUGGAUUUGCAUAAUAACAAGCUGACAGGGCCAAUCCCACCUCAAAUUGGACGAUUGAAGCAUCUGAAGAUACUUAAUUUGAGGUGGAAUAAAUUUCAAGAUGCCAUUCCUCCUGAAAUUGGAGAACUGAAGCAGCUAACUCAUCUGUAUAUGAGUUUUAACAAUUUUAAGGGUGAAAUUCCAAGGGAGCUUGCAAAUCUUCCGGAACUGCGCUACCUCCAACUACAUGAGAAUCGUUUAAUUGGAAGAAUUCCACCAGAAUUGGGAACUUUGCCAAAUCUCCGACACCUGGAUGUUGGUAACAAUCAUUUGGUUGGGACCAUUCGGGAACUCAUCCGCAUUGAAGGAUGCUUCCCAGCUCUUCGUAAUCUGUAUCUUAAUAACAAUUACCUCACGGGAGGUGUCCCUUCACAGCUAGCUAACUUAACAAACUUGGAGAUCCUAUACUUAUCCCACAACAAAAUGUCUGGUGUAAUACCAUUUGGGCUUGCUCACAUUCCGCGACUAACCUACUUGUACCUGGAUCACAACCAAUUCUCUGGAAGGAUUCCUGAUACUUUCUACAAGCACCCAUUCCUAAAGGAAAUGUACAUCGAAGGGAAUUCAUUCCGGCCAGGGGUGAAACCUAUUGGCGACCACAAAUCCCUGGAACUUUCUGAUUCUGAAUUCCUGUUUUAGGAGAUUUCUGAACUGGAAAUGUGACUCUUUACAGUCGAAUGAAAUGAGGUAUAGCUAGAGCCAAUCCAAUUCCCCUCAUUGGUGUUGGGAUUGACAAAGAUCUAAUCAGUAAGGCUCAAGAUCCAUUCAUACAUCCUGAAGCCAGCACUCUACAAGUUGUUUCCAAAAGCGUCGACAGACAACCAGCCUGUUCGGUUCGUGAAGCUGGCUUCCUAAAAACUAUGUUGGCAGAAAUGUUAUCAACAACUUUUUGUUUAUGUAACAAAAAACUUAAGUCUUGAUUCUUGGCCAGGCAUGUAUUUGUACCAAAUGGGUAUGGCCAAAACAGUCAGUAAUUACAGAGUGGCUCUUUAGUA